AUGCCUCACACACCAACCUCACCAACCCGACGGGACUCGUGGCCACCCACUCAGGUGCGACUGGCGCCAACGAUUCCCAAAGAAUAUCCCUCGCUUGACGAUAUUGACGAAGAUCCUCUGACAUACUUCCUCACGCCGGCGCCUGAUUUAGAGGAUGCAGACGAUGUCGACAUGAUGGACUUUGACGCGGGGAUUGAAGACAACAACCCCAGAGAGAUUGUCCGCAGUGUUAGUCCCUCAAGCCUCGACAGUUUGAAUAAAUCCAAGAGGUGCAUGUCGCCACCGGUGCCCGAUCUUUCAGACUUGGCCACACCGGAAGGAGAAGACGAAGAGGACUACAUACGGUUCGCUCCCCAAGACUUCGCUAUUCCCUUUAGCCUGCGAGACUUCACCAUCGAUGGUAUCAAGUCCAAGCCGCGACUUAAGACACACUCGGAUGCACUGCUGUCACCAUCUCCGCCAGCUCGGGACCGUGUCUCUAUUCGUCCUGGGGGGCGGGGCCGGCAGCACAGUGUGUCAUUCCGGCAUCGCCAGCAGCAGCAGCACUUAUGGCGCGAGCCCAGCCCAGACGUGUGGUCUAUCGAAGAAGAGACAGAAGAAGAACUACUUAGUGAGAUGGGUAGCAGCGUCGGCGCUGCCAGUGAUGUUGACGGCGAGGAUAUAAACAUGGACAAAGAUGUAGAGGCUGCAAAGCCAAAGAAGAAGGUUCGGUUUCUCUUACCCGCAGAGGAGUAA